AUGGGUGCCGCCGUCUUGGACCUAUAUCUCAACAAACUGCUUGCGGACUUUGAGACCAGACUCCAGCGAACCGACCUAGACGACGGCCAGGGCGGCAAGAAGACCGCAGGGAGCGUUAUUCUUACCGCCUGGAGCAAGAUACAGCGGACUACGCUCGAGGAGCGACAGCAGGGGCCGGCCGCGAACUGUGGGACUGCGGGAGCCCACGGCGGUGGAGAAAGCCGCGAGAACGAUCGCGCGCUGGACGGGGGGAACCGUAGAUACGAACAAGGAGACGCUAUUCCGGAACGGAACCCUAAGGAGGCACGACGGUCUCAGCAAGGCGAAGAGCUCACUGCUGAUUCAAAUCCGGACGGGAGCAAUAGGCUUACGGGACUUCUCGUUUACACGGGGAGUCCUGGAGGUUUUGACUCCUGCUUGCGAGUGUGGCGAGGGACGAGAGACUGCCGAACACCUGGUAGUGUGGUGUUUGGCCCCACCGUUGACUCGAAGAUGGGAGAGAAUUGGAAUUCGGACACGACGGGACUUUUACUCUGUUCUACACGGCAUCAAUCCCACGACUGCACGGCUCGCGAGGAGAGUCCUCGACUGGCUGAUGGACUCGGGGAAGCUGCCGAUGUACAGCUUAGCCAGGAGGCUCGAGCUAGAAGCGGCGGCCUGAAGCGCCCCCGUCCGGAGGCCAGGAGGCCUCCUCUCUUUAUAUACGCAGACUCACCAGAACGCAUCGUUCCUUGA